CAAGAUGGAGGAACUGGAGUUACUGGUGCAGGAAGUGAAACUAGAUAUUAUAGGGAUAACCGAAACCUGGUGGAAUAGUACUCAUGACUGGAGCACGGGUAUUGAAGGCUAUGUGCUGUUUAGAAAAGACAGGAAGAAAGGCAAAGGUGGUGGAGUAGCCUUGUACAUCAAUGAUGAAAUUAACUGUAGCGAAAUAAGAAGCGAUGGAAUGGAUAAGACAGAGUCUGUCUGGGCAAAAAUCACACUGGGUAAAAAAGCAACUAGAGCUUCCCCUGAGAUAGUGCUUGGGGUGUGCUAUAGACCGCCGGGAUCUGAUUGGGAUAUGGAUAGAGACCUCUUUAAUGUCUUUAAUGAAGUAAACACAAAGGGGAAAUGUGUGAUUAUGGGGGACUUCAACUUCCCAGAUAUAGACUGGAGGACGAGUGCUUGCAAGAAUAAUAGGGGUCAGAUUUUUCUGGAUGUGAUAGCGGAUGGAUUUCUUCAUCAAGUAGUUGAAGUACCUACGAGAGGGGAUGCCAUUUUAGAUUUGGUGUUGGUGAGCAGUGAGGACCUCGUAGAAGAAAUGGUGGUAGGGGACAACCUUGGUUCGAGUGAUCAUGAGCUGAUUCAGUUCAAACUAGAUGGAAGGAUAAACAAAUGUAGAUCCGGGAUUAGGGUUUUCGACUUCUCGAGGGCUAAUUUUAAAGAGUUAAGGAAAUUAGUUAGGGAAGUGGAUUGGACGGAGGAAUUAGUGGAUUUAAAUGUGGAGGAGGCCUGGAAUUACUUUAAGUCGCAGCUGCGGAGGCUGUCAGAAGCCUGCAUCCCAAGAAAGGGGAAAAAACCAUGGGCAGGAGUUGUAGGCCAAACUGGAUGAGCAAGCAACUCAGAGAGGGGAUUAGACAAAAGCAGAAAGCUUACAGGGAGUGGAAGAAAGGCAGGAUCAGUAAGGAAAGCUACCUUGGUGAGGUCAGAACAUGUAGGGAUAAAGUGAGGAAGGCUAAAAGCCGCAUUGAACUGGACCUUGCAAAGGGAAUCAAAACCAAUAGUAAAAGGUUCUACAGCCACAUAAAUAAGAAGAAAACAAAGAAAGAAGAAGUGGGGCCGCUAUACACUGAGGAUGGAAUGGAGGUUAAGGAUAACCUAGGCAUGGCCCAACAUCUAAACAAGUACUUUGCCUCAGUUUUUAAUAAGACUAGUGAGGAAACUAGCGAUGAUGGAGGGAUGAUAAACGGGAAUGUGGAUAUGGAAGUGGAUGUUACCGCAACUGAGGUAGAGGCCGUACUUGAACAGCUUGAUGGGUCGAAGUCGGAGGGC